UUAAAACAAGUCCAUCAAAAUAUAAAUAUGAAGUCAUCAUUUUGUAGUUCUCUCAAUUAUGUGUUAGUGGGUAGCUUUUUAUUAUUAUUAUUAUUAUUUUCUCAUAAUAUUAAUGCAGUUCCUUCAAUAAGAUUGAGAAGCAAUGAGAAGGUAGAAGCAGUUUAUGUAUUUGGUGAUUCAAUUGUUGAUACUGGCAAUAAUAACUAUAUCAAAACCCCUGCUCACUGCAACUUCCCACCUUAUGGGAGAGACUUCAUUGGUCGCAAACCUACUGGAAGAUUCAGCAAUGGCAGAGUCCCUUCUGACCUUAUAGCUGAAGCAUUUGGUGUAAAGAAGAUCUUGCCGGCAUACCUCGAUCAGAGUCUGCAGCUCGAUGACCUCCUUACCGGAGUGUGCUUUGCCUCCGGCGGAAAUGGUUAUGAUCCAAUCACAAGUUCACUAGCUCCUGCAUUUUCUUUGAGUGAUCAGCUAAAUCAGUUCAAAGAGUACGUAGAGAAGAUAAAAUCAGGCGUCGGAGAAGAAAGGGCGGCGACAAUAGUGUCGAAAAGCAUAUCCGUAAUAUGCACAGGAAGCAACGACAUUGUAAAUAAUUAUUUUACUAUACCUUUCAGGAGUCUUCACUAUGAUUUUAAUUCAUAUGCUGAUUUCUUGGUCACGUCGGCUCUUAGUUUUAUCAAGGAACUACAUGGACUUGGAGCAAGAAAAUUUGGGGUACUGAGUGUGCCACCAAUAGGAUGUGUGCCAUCACAAAGAACAGUACGAGGAGGGUUAAAACGGGAGUGUUUUGAGGAAGCAAACGAAGCAGCCAUUGUCUUCAAUUCCAAGCUCUCCUCAGCUCUUUUUUCUCUCAAUUCCACUCUUUCUGAUUCUCUUGUUGUCUAUCUUGAUGUCUAUUAUCCCUUGCUUUCUCUCAUCCAAUCUCCUGCCAAAUACGGAUUUGAAGAGGGAAAUAAAGGAUGCUGUGGGACGGGAAAAAUAGAAGUGACAUAUCUUUGUAAUAGCUUCGACGACCCAUUAACAUGCCAAGAUGACACCAAAUUCAUUUUCUGGGAUAGUUUUCAUCCAACACAGAAGGCCUAUGACACUCUUGUCACCAUCAUCCUCAACAAAGCUGCCAACUCCUUUUAAAUUCUCUACUAUAACCUUUCCACUGUAACACUUCAUUUUUAAAUUAUUUUUUUUUUUUUACAAACAUGCAUUUUGUUAACUAAUUGAAAUAACUAAAUACAUUAUGAAAUAUAUUUUAUGUGUACGGAUUUCAUAUUAUCUAUC